AUGUGCAGUUCUGCCAAGAAGUGCUCGGAAAAGGAGGUCCCCUACUACCGCCACAUCGAAAGUCUCGUCAAUCUGCUUGCCGCUGCACAUAGUGCUACGGUUAAGUCAGAUGAGGUGUCCCCGGCUCAAAACUCGGAUCAGUCUAUUCAAUCCACACCGUCCGAUAGUCAUAUUCCUCCAGCUUCUCUGUACAAUCUCGAAGCCCCUAUUCCGAACCGGGGAAGCUGGGCCACACCGACGCAAAGCCAACUGCCGGUCCACGAUGUUUCAUCUAUGCUUGGGGGGUCUGGAUGUAUUCCGAAUAUGCCAUCUAGACCAGCACCACAGCCUUCCACAGGUUACGUGCCGCUUAUUUACAACACGAUACAGGAUGAGGAAGACUUGCUACGUGUGUACAAGGAGCAAUUUGCCAUUCGUUUCCCCUUCAUCAUCCUCCCACCCCACACUACAUCGUCCGAGUUACGUGCACAGAAACCUUUUCUGCAUCGAGCCAUCAUGCUGGUGGCCUCGAAUCGAAAACGUAUGCAACAGAUUGAGAUGGCAAAACAGUUAUCAAUGGAUAUUGCUGGGGCCUUGAUUCUAAAAGGAGAUAGGAGCCUGGAUAUGCUUCAAUCACUGGUUACUUAUAACGCCUGGUCGUACUUGUAUUCACCAACAGUACCCCAGGCACAGUCUACGGCUAUGUUUCAGCUUUCUUUCGCAUUGAUAUUCGACCUCGGUAUUAACCGUCCCGUUGCUAGUAUUGAAGGCCCAGAAGGGUUAGUCGAUCCCUCCAGAAACGUUGUCGAGAUCAAUCCAAAAGAAGCAAAGCGAACUUUAGAUGAACGCAGGGCCUAUAUCAGCUGCUAUAUCUUAACUUCAGUUGUUGCUUUAUAUGUAAAGAAGACGGACGGCUUGCAAUAUUCGCCAUACAUGGAUUAUAAUUGCAGGGUGCUAGAAGAAACAGCCGCGUGCGAAUCCGAUCUUCUCCUUGUCGCUAUGGCAAGGCUGCAGACUAUGGCCGAAUCAUUUUACAAGAACAUCUUGAACAAAACUCAAGACUCCAUCAAGACCCCAGCUUGGAUGUAUACAAGGACUAUGCGAACCGGAUUGCACAGUCUAUGGAUGUCUUUCUCCCCGCAACUUCGACAGAACCCGUUCCUCAUCAUGAACUAUCACAGCACCGAAAUUUUCCUUUUUGAACCCGCCCUCCAACAAUCCCCCGUUGCCGUUGGCUUCGUAAAAGACGAACCGCAUCGGUUAGACAUGCUCCAUUCAUGCCUAACAUCGUCAAAAGCCCUCUUAGAUCUAUUCCUCACCCAACCCCUCUCGGUCUACUAUACCUUGACAUCCAUAGACCUCGCAAACCUCGGCCAAUCAAUGGCGACCAUCUUCAAGCUUUCCAUGGUCGACGAGCCUGGCUGGGACCUCACUUAUGUUCGCAAGACAAUCAACCCUCGCGAUUACUUUGAUCGCAUGAUAAACAACUUUGAACAUGUUGGGAGAAUAAUCGACCAGAGCCAGCCAGAGCCCUGCAGGCACUCCUUUCCGACCGGGUGCGCGAAUGCUAUGAAGAAGAUUAGAGGGGUGUAUGAGGCUAGGAUGGCGGCGGAAACGGCACAGGACACUUCGCAGGAACAGACGAAUUCGUUGGCGUUGGAUGGCUUGCUUAAUGGCGAUCAGAUGAUUGAUUGGAUGGAUGAUGCUUAUUGGCAGGACUUGUUGAAUGAUGGAAACUUUAUGCAGUGA